AUGUUUGCGGUUCCUGUCUGUGUGGUGAUGGGAUGGAUGAUUGGUGCACCAAUGGACCUCUCUCACUCUUCUCGAUACAAUAUUAUUUAUUCCAUGUCUAAUUGUUUUUGUACCUCAGAGGUUCGUUGCAAUGAAAUACUUCUGCUGGAUGAUUUCUACAGACGUGGUAUGCCAAAUUGGAUGCCUGAGGAUGCUCUAACUGGCAGUGAUAAGCUGCUAUACUACGAGUUGAAAGAAUCAGAGGUUGAACAAGAAAAGGAAUGGCUUCAUCUCUACGCUCAACUCGCUUUGUUGUUCUUGGGAUUUUACCCGGAGCAUGACAGAGAAGAGACAGUUGAGCUGAGAAAGAUAGUUGUGCAAACCAAAGAAGAUGUGGAGUCCAAGAACAAGGCCAGAGCCAAGAAUGCAUUCUUCUACAUUACCUUCAAAUGCAGUGGUGGUCAAGACUACAAGGCUAUCGUAAGGAGAACAACGGAGCAAUGGCCUGAGCAUAUGGCGCUUUUAGUCGAGUCAUUCAUGUGA